CAUCUUUGUGGGUGGACCGGGGUUUAAUAUAAGGCAAAUGUUUUGAACCGACAUUAGUAGUGUUUAUAUAUCCAGAGGGAUAGAUGGCGAGUCUUCGUUUAAUUCUCUGCUUUGUUGUUAUGACCCUGAUUGGGGAUACCGAUGCUCAUGGGCGCUUGAUGAAGCCAUGUCAAAGAGGCUCUCUGUGGAGGUGUUAUGAUCAAAACCAAUUCGCGUCAAAUUUCGAUGAUAUGGGCAACUUUUGCGGUGGAACGCAAGUACAAUGGAAUAGAAACGGAGGAAAAUGUGGGGUAUGUGGCGACGCAUACGAUUCUAGUUUGAAACGCCAUGAGGUAGGCGGUCCCUUUGCAACUGGAUUCAUAACUGAGACCUACAGCCAGGGACAGCAAAUUGAUGUUAUGGUACAACUGACUGCUGCACAUCUCGGAAAGUUCAUCUUCAGAGUGUGUAAACAAGUUGAUGAGACCAAAGAGGUGACCCAAGAAUGCUUGGAUCAAAACCAAUUAAAGGUGAUAGAAAAUGGCGUUGCAAAAGAUUACUAUGAGUCUAGAGAAACUGGUGCAGCUAAGGUGAACUUGAAGGUCCAGCUUCCCCCUGAUAUGGUUUGCGAUCAUUGCGUGUUCCAAUGGUGGUACAAAACAGGCAACAGUUGGGGACAAUUUCCAGGACAGCCUGGAUGCAAAGGUUGUGGUCCACAGGAAACAUUUGUGAAUUGCGCCGACAUCAAAAUCACGCCGAGUGACGGGAAUCCGCAGCCAGCAACAAAAGCUCCGGUAACAAUGCAACCUGCUACUCAAGCCCCAGCAACAUGGCAACCUGCAACUCAGGCCCCAGCAACAUGGCAACCUGCAACUCAGGCCCCAGCGACAUGGCAACCUGUAACACAAGCUCCAGCGACAUGGCGCCCUAUAACACAAGCUCCAGUAACCCAGGCUCCUCGCACGACUCCAAGGGUAUCCCCUGGGGGUAUGGUCACAUCCUGCACUGCCGGACAGUACCUCUCUUGUACGGCCGCAGGUGUGUUUGCAGGAAAUAGGGGAUACGAUACAUGGUGUGACCAAUAUUGCAGGGCCAACUCGCCUAACUGUAAGCCUCUGUUCUGUUCCUGUACUUGCAAAUAUUCACGCUCUAGUGGAUCCGGUCUAUGUCUUUUAGGACCAACCCUCUGCAAUUUCCUCAGACAAAACAGUGCCUAUGCUGAUGCCGUAAAACUUUUCUGUGACUGCAAUUAGUAAUACUAUAAUAAAAACACUCUGAACUUUGAUCAAAGCUUCAAAUGAACAAAUACUUUGAACUUUGGUCACAUCUUCAAAUGAGCAAUCUUUUCUACAGUCUUCUCUAAUUAAAAGUAGUAAACUUGCAAUGAUUUAUUAUUUCUUAAAAUACUGCAUUGUUUUGUCAUUUACUACGGCAGAAAAUAUAUAAUAUGUCUGGAAAGUGGCAAAUCGGUACACAUAGUAACUGUAUUUCUCAAGUUUGGCUGUAAUGCUUCGAGACAUACAUGUACAUUACAGUGUAUAUCAACAAAAAUAAAACAAGUGCGUUCGGAUAGCGUCAAGUAAAGCCAAUAUUUUCAAGAAAUCUCACAUACAGAGAGAGAGAGAGACAGAGAGAUAAAUGUGUUUAUUACUAUUUUUUUCAUUACUGCACGGUUUUCAAGAAUGCAGGUGUAACCAAAUAUAUAGAUUCGUUUAACCUGUAGAGGCCAAGGACCUGGUGAAUGAUUAUAGAGGCACUACAGCUAAUUUUGCGCAAAGUCAAUAAAAUGACAACUAAGCUUGAACUUGAAAAUUACGCUUUGUGAAAUCUUUUUGCUAAAACUAACAGUUUUAGACGGACAGUUAUGGAACGCCUCAACUGUCUUGUGUAGAUAAUCUUCAUAAUAUGAUGACGCUUUAACAUUACAUGCUGAUACUUCAACAUUACAUGAUGGUACUUUAAUAUUACGUGCUGAUACUUCAACAUUACAUGAUGGUACUUUAACAUUACAUGCUGAUACUUCAAAAUUGCAUGAUGGUACUUUAACAUUACAUGCUGAUACUUUAACAUUACAUGCUGAUACUUCUUCAUUAUAUGAUACUUUAUCAUAACAUGCUAGUUGAAUAGUUGAAUCCGGUACAUAUAUGAUUGCGUCCAUGAGGAAAGAGUGCUUAUGGCAUUUUUUGUGUGCACAUUUUGAGAUUUUUACAGAAUUGAAUAAAAAAUAUCUU